AUGGCAAACGACGAGCACGAGGGCGCUUCGCCUCAGGAGCUCCUCAUCGAGGCCUGCCGGCGCAACAACACCGAUCUCCUGACCGACGUCCUUGCCGGCCGCCCCGACGCCGAAAUCACCGCCCUCCUCAACCAGACGACGACCGUCAUGGGCAACCACCUAUACCACGAAGCCGCCUCCCACGGCCACUACGAAAUCAUUGACCUCCUCCUCGACCAGCCCGAUUUUGAAUGCGACCCCGUCAACCGCAUGGAAGGCGACACCCCGCUGCACGUCGCCGUCCGCUGGCUCAACGCCGAACCGCCCGCGCAGCGUACCUUUGGCGCCGCGCUUGUCGGCAUGAUGCUCGAGGCGGGCGCGAACCCGCGCCUGCGCAACAAGGGCGGGCUGACCCCCGGACAGCUCGUCGAUCCGAGGAACGCGGAGCUGCGGGCGCUGAUGGAGAGACAUCAGUAUGCGUCGCAGAAUGCGGGGGAUUUUGUGCAGCUUGAUGCAAAGGGCUCAGGACCGGCGGGUGCGAUGCCGCCGCCGCCGCCGCCGCCGCCAGGGCAGGCACCGCCGUUACCGGGACAAGCACCGCCGGGGCUGCCAGUGGGGGACGACAUGGAUGAGGAUGCAGAGUUUAGUGGGAGUGACGAUGAGGAGCGUGCAGAGUGGGAGAGGAGAAAACGGGAGCGUUCCCGUCGGUAG